AUGGAGACCGUCAAGAACGCCGCCAACUACGUCGGUGACAAGGUCAACGAGGCCACUGCCACUGCCUCCAAGGAGACCAACAAGGAGGUCGCCAAGGACUCCAACGCUGAUAUCUCUACCCGUGCCACAGCGGCCAAGGAUGCUGUUGGUGACAAGUUCACCGAGAGCAAGAACUCCGCAUCUGCUGAGGGCAACAAGCAGGCUGCGAAGCACUAG